UUCUGCUAAUGCCAAACGACUCCCUUAAUACACUCGCGUCCGGAAUCUCGUUGGUAAUUGGGGCGAACGCUUUGUGCCAGCUGUCGAGUACUUGUCAGUGGUUUACGGUGACUGUGCGAACCGGUCGGACACGAGCCUCGUCGCACAGACCAAGUCCGAACAGCGAGGGAAUUCGUCGUCUGGUCGGCGGAAACGUGUAUUUCGGAGCGGAUCUACAAGGCAACUGGGCUGGCUGGUCGCCAUCUUAGAUUCAUCGUGAGCACGUUGCAGAAAACCGUCGUGGCAAACGUUUCGCGGGAGACCGUCGUCGACCUGGAACACGAAUAAACAUAGAACGGGGGUGCCAUGAGGAAAGGUGUCGUUUUUCCUCGAACGUGAACGCCUAUAAAGACACGGUGCAUGUCGACGCAGGCAGACGCAGAGCGGGUGCUGCGAGCGAGAAUACUCUUGCGGCGGUUCGUGUCGGUUCCACAGAUGCGUGAAAACCAAGUGAAACGGCAGUGUGCAAAGUGACUUCUCUUAAGGGCGUGAUUUUUUCUUUUCCGUUUCCUAAUUUACCGGGCAUCCACACCGCCAGCGGAGCUGACACCAGACAGAGGGAAACGCAACGGGAUCGUCAUUAUGAGCAAGAUGCUAGGAACAAACUAUUGCACCGUGUUCUCUGUACUUAGAAGUCCCGAAGAGGGUGAAUCGUUUAAGCGAAUCAUCUGAAAGAACUGGACGUGUGAUCGAUUUUAAGGAGACGUCGCGGGAAGAGUAGGAUUCCGUGUGUUGUCAACCGCGAGGACGAUCGUCAGGAUUCAGCUGGAUCACGAGAUCGUGAUAGAUGGAUAGAUAAAGUUCAGUGGUAAAUAAAAGUGAUUAGGUUAUAGCGAAGUGAUCUAUCACCAAAAGUACUCGUGCGAGCCGUGUGGUCAUCUUCGAAAAAAGAACUCCGUAGUUGACGCAAUCCGUACCUAUAUAUAGAUCCUCGCAAUUCGCGAAACCGCGAGUCGAACCCCUAUCGACGGACAGCAAAUGUUUACUUUUCGUUUCUCGCUAUCUCGACAGACUGUUACUUAAAUCAAGGACCGAGAGUCUAUUCUUGGGGCUAAUAAAACCGUGAGAUCGUCGUGCACUUGGAAAUACAAGUCUUUUCGCGAAAGUGAUACUCAACGUGACUGGUCAAAUCGCGAAAAAAGGUUUUUAGAACGGUACCGGUAAAAACGCGAUCGAUCGAUCAUUUAUCGACCCGAUCGCGCGGUGACAGUCGAUAACCUAGAUCUCUGCGUAUUUCCGCGGCCCGUAACGGGUGUAUACGAAUUUCUCUGCCGCUCGAGACAUCCGACGGCGCCCAAGAUAUCCUCAUAACCCGUAAUGUAUUUGAGAUCGCACGAACAGACAGCAAAAGGGAGGCACGAGCACACAAGAGAGGCGGUAGAGGCUGGUUGCGGGGCGAGGGGACGAAAUCACCUUAGAUCAGCUGGGAGGAGCAAGGGCAAGACGAAGACACCUCUGGUGGACUGCUGGGAUCUCGAGGUACCUCAGUUGCAUCAUCUGAGAUCACCAGGCAGGGAUUCCGACCAGGCGUGCGUACGACGCGGUAUGAGUGAAGGUGAACGAGCGGUCAUCACGCCACGAAUCGGCUGGCGAAAGCUCACCGAUCCUGGCGACUGACACGAAUCCAGGAAUUCGGGGGCAGGUCCGAAACGAUAGCAUCAGCUGCUGCUCUAUCGUCAACGUCCACGUUGUCCUGCCGCUCAACCUCCAUACUCGUGGGAACGUCUCCAGCCCUCGGCCCUCGAUACGACACCGCAUCCCGAACCGUUCGUCAUCCAUGCCGGCCAGAUGCAAGAAAACGCUCCGUCGAGAUCCACGUCGAGAACUUUGAAGACGGACCCAAAAAUGGCGGGCAAUCGGUGUCGGUAGCAGACGGGGUUAUUGCCUAGAGAAGCGAUCGCCUCGUCCUGCACUCUUCCUACGGGAACCGCACCUGGACCCACCUUUGGUCUCCGGUAGAUUCCCGUUUAAUCUCUCUUAUCACGAGUGCUCCAACACCUCUCGAUCUCCCUUUAAAGUCAGUUGACGAACUUUGCGUCGUUGUUCCGCUUAACUGUCGAACAAACGAUAGGGGUCUGCUGGUGGCCCCUGGACAAUAAUCGUAGUUAAUAAGGGUAGAGGUAACAUGUAGUAGUGAGACGAAAACAGGAUCAAUUAGGACGAAGUACGAGAAACGUCGAAAGGGAUUACGCUGUCGUGAUACCGCAAACAGUAUUCCCGGUGGAGAACGAUCGCCUGCGAGACGCAAACGGUUGCAUCUAACGAACGGAGAAGAGAACGUUGCCUUUUUUUUUCUUUUUUGAUCGAGUACUGUUCAUUUCGCUGUAACGUCAUCAUGCCGCCCACGCCGAGCAAACUGAACCUGAACUUCGCCAGAAACGCGUACAACGUGUUUGGAACGCGCGGUAACAACGCCGCCGCUGAUAAUCAGCACGAACAGAAAACGGAGCUUCUGGAGGGUGCCAGGGGGAAUGGCCUCCUCCGCAUGAAAAAUGGUGUCGACUACGUAAACCCCGGCGAGGAAGACCAAAUGGAAAUCUAUGGCUUCAGAAGGAACAAACUUUUAACCGCCGUCACCUGGUUCUUAAUCAUCGUCACCGUAGGCCUUCUAAGACUGGUCUUCCACUGGGUACCACGUCUGAUGAUAUUAGCCACUCAUUCUAGAUGCCGAUUAGAAGACGCAGACACCGUCUUGCUCGUGGAAAAAUUCCAAGGAAAACACACGAGCUAUUACGUGAAGAAACUGAAGACACUGUCUGCUCAGGAUGUGUUGAACAAACCCUUCGAUGGAGAGUCGUUGAUGGAUAACGAGCCAUGGGUGGAAAAUGGUAGCAUGAUAACCAUCAAAGAAGAAGUCAAAGAAGAGUACCCAACAGUUUCGCUACACCUGGUGGGGGGACAAUUCAAACAGGUUCCAUCGAUCGUUCUUUUCCAUUGUAAGAAGUUAACCUAUGUUUGGGAUCCCGAAAGAUCCGAGUUCCUGAAACUUCGGGGUUUGGACAUCGACGUGCUGACUUCGACGUUGCACCAGAUGCAAGGAUUGAAUUACCAUGAACAACACAUGAGACGCUGUGUCUACGGAAACAACGAGAUCUUGAUUCCAGUGAAGAGUAUCCUGACGCUACUUUGCCUCGAAGUCCUUAAUCCGUUCUACGUCUUCCAACUGUUCAGUUUUUUUCUCUGGAUCGCUGACAACUACUACUACUACGCCAUGGUCAUCCUGGCCAUGUCCAGCGCCGGAAUAGUUAUGGCAGUCUUCCAGACUCGUAAGAAUCAGCAAAAUCUACUGUCCACUGUUCACUCUUCCGACGUGGCGACGGUGAUGAGAGAUCGCGCGACAGGGCAAACAGCAACCGUGCCCGCCGAGCGACUGGUUCCCGGUGAUAUCUUAGUUAUUCCAUCCCAUGGCUGUCUGAUGCCAUGCGACGCGGUACUCCUAACUGGAAACUGCAUUCUGAACGAGUCCAUGCUCACCGGAGAAUCGGUUCCCAUCACCAAGACCCCCAUUCCCUCGUCCAACGAAAUUACGUACGAUACCAAGGAACAUGCAAGGCACACGCUCUUCUGUGGCACUCGAGUUAUUCAGACGAGGUACUACGGGUCGGAAAAGGUCCUCGCCGUAGUCGUCAGGACAGGGUUCAACACCAGCAAGGGUGGCCUAGUGAGAUCCAUCAUGUACCCUCCACCCGUAGAUUUCAAGUUCGAACAAGACUCGUACAAAUUCGUAAUUCUGCUCGCCGGGAUAGCGAGCAUAGGCGUGAUUUACACCAUCGUUACAAAAAUCAUGAGAGGCGUGCAAAGCAGUCACAUCGCCCUGGAAGCUUUGGACCUGAUCACUAUCGUAGUGCCACCAGCGCUACCGGCGGCCAUGACCGUCGGUCGCUUGGUAGCUCAGCGCAGACUGGAGAAGAAUAAGAUUUACUGUACGAGCCCAAGGACCAUCAACGUGUCGGGAUCGAUCGAUUGCAUUUGCUUCGACAAAACUGGGACGCUGACCGAAGAUGGCCUCGACAUGUGGGGCGUGGUGCCCGGUCUUGACAGAAAGUUUCAAUUGCCUGUGAAAGACAUCACGUCCCUGCCCCUGAACGAUGUCCUCAUCGGUAUGGUGACGUGUCACGGAAUCACUAUAAUAGACAAUCAGCCGGUAGGAGAUCCCCUCGAUCUAAAAAUGUUCGAAUCUACCGGGUGGACCUUGGAGGAGCCCGAUGUAUCCGACACGUCCAAGUUCUCUAUGCUUUUCCCGACUGUAGUCCGACCGCCGAAGGGCUCAAAGUUGUUGAAGAAGUCGCCCAAUGACCUACGAAUUUCUCUCGGCCGAAAAGACUCCAUGUCGUCCGACGUGGUGGACAACGUCUCCUUGAACAACUUCGACGCCGCUUUGGCCGAUUCCACGGCGGAAUUGGGGGAACAAGGCUUGGAAAUCGGUAUCGUGCGACAGUUUCCUUUCACGUCCACGCUUCAGAGAAUGAGUGUUAUCACCAGAACAUUGGGCGCUAAUCAUUACGAUCUCUACUGCAAGGGCAGUCCAGAAAUGAUCCUGAGUCUCUCCAAGGCGGAGUCCAUUCCACCAGACUUUGGCGUCGUUCUACAGAAUUAUACCUCGGAAGGCUAUCGCGUAAUCGCCCUCGCACACAAAUCCCUAAAUCGUCUUCCUUACGCCAAAGUCCAACGACUUGGUCGAGAGUCCGCUGAGUCCGAUCUGACAUUCUUGGCAUUCGUAAUCAUGGAGAACAGGCUGAAACCGGAGACCACGCCUGUUAUCAGUGCUUUGAACACUGCCUGCAUCAAAACCGUCAUGGUCACCGGGGACAACAUGUUGACCGCCCUGUCAGUCGCCAGAGACUGCGAUAUCGUUAAGCCAGGGACACCUGUCGUUGCGGUGUCGGCGACUCAGCAAAACCAAAUGAAACCACAGAUUUACUUCACGAAGAGCAACAGUCAACCGUCGCCCAUCUCGCCAAUGGAACACGGCGACUUCAGCGAGAUGACAGACUUGAACAGCGUGGCUAGCUUGGAAACGGUGGAGAGUGGAUCAUUUGGGAACAAUCAGUUCAAAAACGAUGUCAAUUACUUAUCCGAUGAUUUACAGCUCGCGAAGAACAAAUAUGUCUUUGCGCUCACUGGUAAAACGUGGUCGUUGAUCAAGCAGUACUACCCCGAAUUGAUCCCAAAACUGGUCACUCGCGGUGCAAUCUUCGCAAGGAUGUCCCCUGACCAGAAACAACAGCUUGUUCAAGAAUUGCAGUCUUUAGGGUACUAUGUUGCUAUGGUAGGCGAUGGCGCGAACGAUUGCGGAGCCCUGAAGGCGGCCCACACAGGAAUUUCUCUCUCCGACACCGAAUCAUCGGUGGCUUCCCCGUUUACCAGCCGCGAAACCAACAUUUCUUGCGUGUUGACGGUGAUUCGAGAAGGUCGCGCUGCUUUGGUUACAUCCUUCGGUAUCUUCAAGUAUAUGGCCAGCUACUCGCUCACCCAGUUCAUCUCCGUGAUGCUCUUGUACGGAAUCGAGUCAAACUUAACCGACAUAGAAUUCCUCUACAUAGAUCUCUUCAUCAUCUCAAUCUUCGCCUUCUUCUUCGGUCGCACUCAGGCCUACGACGGUCCGCUGGCCAAGACCGCCCCUCUGAACAGUUUGAUCAGCACGACACCGAUCCUCAGUCUGGUGACUCAGAUCUUAAUUGUGGGCAUCUUUCAAUACGCCAGUCUCUGGCACCUUCGUCAAAUGGAUUGGUUCGAGGCGUUCAACGCCACAGCCAUCGAAGACAAGGACGACGUGGGAUGCACGGAGAAUUACACGGUCUUCAUUAUUAGCUCCAUGCAGUACAUCAUCCUGGCAGUGGCGUUCUCGAAGGGCCAUCCGUACAGGAAGUCUCUGUUCACGAAUUACGGUCUCCUCACCUCGUUCAUCUUCAUGAGCCUAUUCUCUAUCUACCUCGCAACGUUUCCCUUCGAAUGGUUGUCCGAAUGGUUCGAGCUAGUGCUUCCCGAGAGCGUCAGCUUUCGUUUCAUUUUGGUCGGUUACGGUGUCGCAAACUUCGUCAUAUCGUUCCUGGUGGAGUACUUUUUCAUCGACUACCUCAUCUUCGGCAAAUUGCGCUACCGUUGGCACAACGUCGAUAAGUCCAGAAGAAAGUUCCUCGCCAUCGAUCGCGACAUGGCGCGCGACUCGAAAUGGCCACCGCUCUCCCAAGAACCCCUACCCGAAGCCGCGCCAGACAUACUGAUUCGUCAAAACGUCACCGAGAUCAAAAUAGAGAAACGAGUCACCGAACCCUGCCGUCCCGUGGAUACCAGCUUCAUGAACAGUCCGGUCUGCGCGAACUUCAAGCACUUCGGUUCGGCCACCGAGGUGACCUUGAACCCCAGGUCGCUCUUCAACGACCGUCGGAACACGGUAUCGAUGCAGACCGUCCCCUGCUUCGAGGACAGGGAUCCCGUGAUCAAGCAGCCAAAGAUAGAGCUGACGUCUAAGAGGAGGCAUAAUUCGGAAUCGGAGAAUGGUAUAAAUCGUUACGAGAGGCCGUACAAGAGCCACAGUACGAACCCUAUAGCGACCCUGCCCAGAAACACGGCCAUAGCUCUUCAGCCUCAGAAGCUUAGAGACUUCAAGAACAUCCUAGUGCACAAAAGCGAAGACGGACUGUCUCCCAACGCGCAGAGCGUCCUCGAACUCGACAUUCUACCCUCGUAGAACCUAUCACUUGUACAUUUCGAAGGUAAACGAGCCGACUUCAUCGCAGCACCUUGACUGACGGACAGUGGCCACCGGAACGAUCUAUCACUGUUUGCUAUUCGACACGCCUGUUCGACACCGUGGACUCGGAUACCACGUAGGAUCUCUGCUAUUCUGUCACUGCAUUUGUUGUCACGCGACAAUCACGAGCCAAAUCUGUUCAGCUGUUAGACGAAACGAGCCACCAGCGUCUCACAGACUAGGUUUAGCCUGAACGCGCUUAAUAGACCUGUUCAUCUUCACCGCGAUCGGACAGCAGGCAUAAAUCGUAAGUGUUCAACGACGGAACGAUGUGACAGCUUCCCGGUACGAUCUCCAACAUCGUUCGCACGUGCAUUUAGAAUGCCGCGGCGUUCACGACAGCUCGAUUGGCUGAAGACGUUCCUCGAGCAUUGCUGUACUUCGACUAAAGGGGUCCCUUUUGACCCGAUCUUUCUUCGUCCUCCUUUUAUUAGUAUUUCGAGGGUGGCACGCCUUCGAGAAAGUAUUAUCGUUAGUUUAUUUAUUUUAGAUGAUAAAUUUUAGCUUGCCCUGCCGCUAGGACGGGGGGGUUCCUCUUUUGGAAGACGAUAACCCUUCGCGCAGGCCGAUCCAAGUAACGUAGGUAGACGUUCCUUUUCCCAGGAACAAUUUUCGCGCUUUGAUCCCCGUCUUUUUUCACUGCGGUUUGGAAGCGAUACUUAAUACGAAACGAUGCGCGUCCUACGUGAUUGAAUUGUUAUAAGUGGACGCGGAUCCGAAUGAAUUUUGUAAUUAGGGAAUUGUAGGAAACCGAUGGUUAUCCUGUUUUCGAGAUCGAAGCCGAGACUUGUUAUCCCGUACGUUCGGCGCGAGACCGUCGAAUUGUUGACGAACACGAGGGAUGUUGUUAACGAUACUUGCUGAAUUUGUUGUGAAAAGGAAUAAUGAAGGCUCGUCGCGAAAACGGGAUCCUAGGUUCGUUUUGGUGUGAUGAUGGGAACUGGUAACCAUGCUCUAGUUUAUCCCAACGUAUCAUACUUAAUCGAGCCGCGGUACUGGACGUGCCGCGGCUCGACGCGCAGAAGCUCGACGCUCGUUGUCGCGGGUACUUAUUGUUAACACGAAUAACGAGAUAAGUGUGUACUUAUAUACGCAAUGGAAAUAAAUACUUAAGUGUGUUGUUCUGCUAUUUGCGACGCUAUGUUUACGUUGAGAUAUAGCGGUUGUCGAAUAACAAAGUAUGUUUUUAAUGUAAAA